CAAUUUCAAAUUCGUGAUUAAAACUGCUUCCAAGAUCCUGGACAAAACAGCACGACAAAGUGAUACCAGUACUGUGGAGUGAAGGAAGGGUUGUUGCAUUGUAUCCAUCUAUUACCUCUUAUUGAUACAAGCUAGGUUGUCAUCUCUGGAAUAGAGCAAGCGGCUGUACAGCACAAUUAUUUCAAGCUACAGGUUUCUUUGGAGAGAAUAUUUAUGUUAGUGCCGGCACCGGUAGACGCAAAGAUAUUCUGAGCGCGAAGAAACGACGAAGAACAACUAUCUGCCCGAGGAACUACUUUUUGAAACGAUCUGCCCAAGAUGGCUCAACCUCGUCGAAAAGGCACGAAGGAGCUCCUUUCGGACAAGGGGGCCCAUCAGGUGGAGAGGUCUGUGAUUUUCUCGUCAAUUUGGGAUGUCAAGACUCAGCCUCCUCAGAGCUCCAAGACGGCAAUUGUGCCGAAAGCACUCCUAAAGACGAAGCGCCGCAAGAUCUCCUUGGAGGUCCAUCGUGUGUCAAUGGAACGAAAGGAAGCAUCCAAAGAUGAUGGCGACAACACUUUUGUUUACGAAGAAUGUGUCCUUCGCUUGUGGAUUCCAGAGGUCAAGGCAAAAGCAAGUACAAAAGAUACGUCCGAGAAUUCAGAUGACGACGAGGACGAAGACAACUCAGUUUUCACUCCUGUGGAACUGCUGAGCACUGGAGUCCCUCUCCCCGAGCUCACGGGAAAGUGGAGACCCAAAUAUCGGAUACCUUUGCGGUCCCUCACCAUUACCAGCACUUUUGAUUCUCGAAUUUUCCUUCGAAUUGAUCAGGAAAGCAUAAAACAAAAGAGGCAGCUCAUAUUCGGAUCCGUCCAAGAUGCCAAUGAAUUUGUCGCAUCAUUCAACAGGGAGAAGACGCGCGAACCAAAGCGCCUGGAUGUAAAACUCAAGGGAUCCCUUGGUGGCAUUCAGCUAGAUCGAGGUGAAAAGCUCGAUCUCCUGAUUGAAAUUGUAUCUGGAUGGAACCUUCCCAUUGCCGAUCUGAGCUCCAGCGAUCCCUUCGUCAUCUGUUCCAUAAAUGGAAAAGAGGUCCACAGAACGCACUAUGUUCCAAAGAGCCUCAAUCCGGUAUGGACGUUGCAAACCGGUUCGCUCUUCAUCUUGAGUAUUGAUGCAAAAGAUCUUUUUGCGGGUGAUGGUUUGUUCUGUCGAGUAAUCGACUACGAUGUGCUGAGCAGUGAUGAUCUCGGAUACUUUGUAGUUCCGCCGGACGUCCUCUAUAAAGGAAACGGCGAGAGGGAAGUAUUCAAGUUAAAGGGGCCGCCCAAAUCAAAGGCAGAUGUCCCAGGGCAUCUAGCCGUCCGGUGUCGGCGAGCUACUCAGUACGACAAGGAGUUCAUGGAGGAAUUCCAAUCCGCUGAAGCCAAAAAGGCUGACACGGUUUCCCCGGCAACACUUGUGGAAGGAGGGCGAAGCAAUCUCAAAUCCAUUAUCGAAAAGAAAGUCAUGACGGACAAGAUUGGAGUCAAACGGUACAAAAUUCGGCCGGGUCCUGACCCCAAGCGGAAGGCCGAAACCGAAUGGAUGACGGAAGACCACAUCGAAAUGGAACACAUGGCCGAAUCUCAGCAUUGGAUUGACUCUGGAAGUGGAAAACUUGGCAAGGUCUACGUCGAAGUCCUCGGAUGCGACGGACUUCCAAACCUGGAUACGGGUGGAUUCCUCGGAAACAAGACCGAUGCGUUUGUUUCCAUCGUUUUCGAAGAUACGGUCGUUCAAACAGAUAUUGUGGAUGAUUGCCUGAGUCCUCGCUGGCUGCCUUGGAUGAAACGUGCUUUUGUCUUCCACAUGAUUCAUAGCAGUAGCCAGGUGCUGGUUGGUGUGUUCGACAACGAUAUGGGGAUCCAAGAUGACCACGAUCUAAUUGGAAAAGUAUCUGUCGACUUGACCAAUCUUCACAAGGAUACAAUCUACAUCUUGAAGUUCGACAUAUUCAAGUCCAGUCAGAUGUCCACGAGGAAAGCGAAAGGUUCAAUUACAUUGCGGAUCCGCUUGGAAAUCGAUGACGAAAGAAAGCUGCUUCUAGCAUGUCUGGAACCACCUCCUGACGUGCACGUCAAUGUAAAGACCAGGAAGGAGCUGAGGGUGGUCCGAUGGACCACCAUGGGCAAAUACGACAUGGAAUCGUACAGCAUGAAAGUGAUGAAUUCUUAUAUCGAGGAGCUGCUUGCUUACCAGCAAGUCAUGUACCACAUUGAAGAUGGAAUCAUAUCGCUUCUGAUGUGGCGUAGCCAAAGCCAGGUGACUUUCAUGGGACGUACUAUAGCCCUUCCAACCCACUCGGCCGUGGCCUUCAUCAGUUUCACCUUCCUCGUUGAGAAUCCUCGGUUCCUGCCAUCGUUCUUUUUCUUCUCGUUGGCCUGGUUUUUGAUCGCUGUAAUGGCGUAUAGGCGGCAAGACCCCAAUCCUUGGCGUCGUUGCAAGUCGUAUGGGGAGCUUUUCAACAUGCUGGUGCUUGGGCAGUCCGUGGCUCCACCGGACCAUAUUCGGCGAAACGAAAACAUAGAGGCGAUUGCAGCUGCAGCUGACGAGUGGCAAAAGCGCAUCGUAGAAUCAGAAGAACGCAACAAAAAAGCAUAUGAAGAUUCACAGAAGGCUCAAAAGGAAUAUGAAGAAGAUAUGCUUGAAAUCGGGGAAGCAAAGACGGACAUGAGUACCAAACAAGGAGGUGUUUCUGUUGACAUUUUCAAGCCAAUCUUCUUCCCUAUCCAGAAGAAUUUGGCAAUGGUGUGCCGUAUGCUGCGCUAUUGCCGAGCAGUUGUCACUUGGGAUGAAUGCUACUUCACUUUCUGGAUAUGCACAAUUGCCGUGGUUCUUGGCGGAGCAUUCCUGUUUGUGCCUUGGCUUUGGAUUUUGAAAUGGUCUGCCCGAUUCACCGUUUGGUCUAUCUUUGGUCCGUGGAUGAAGCUGGUGGAUCUUUUCUACUACAGCAGGAUAACACCACUUUCGGAAGAUGAGCUGGAAGAGCGUGAAGAGCUCCAGCGGAUAACUCGUCAAGAGCUCACGUCGAAGGCUGCAAAAGAGAACCGUAUAAAGCGAGAAAACCUGGAGAAGCUAAAGGAUAUCAAAAAGUUCAUGUUCGGCGACUUCAUCUCUAAAGUGCCAGUCAUCCAUGCUUCACGCCACAAGGACGUGCCUUUGCCAGCGUCACAGGCAGUGCCCUACAAACCAAAGCCCCUGCCAUUGGCCGAAUUGGCGAUGAAAGAGGCCGGUUAUCGAAGGACUCGGUUACCAGGACAGCACCUGGAGGGGGACAUGAUUCCACGACUCGAGUCAGUUGCUUUCACCGAUGCACCACUGGGUCAAGCUACCGCGAAACCAGAUCUGCUGGACAAAGCUGGACCUGGAGGAGGCGCGCCUUCGGUUACCGAAUCGACCUCUACGGUCUAUGCUAAGCUUGGCUCCGUGAUUGCGAUUGCUGGUGCUGUUACUUGGUUUGGGGUGCCAUUGCUUUCGUUUGCUACUGAGACAGCACUUGGCGCCACUGAGGAUGGCCUGCAAUGGCUCCUGGGGAGCCCGGAUGUGAAUGCUUCUGGUUUAGCUUAAUUAACUGUGCCUAAGGCCAGGUUUUUACUGUACUAGUCUACUGCUGCCUUCGGUAUGCUGAAUUCACUGGCGCCGAUGGAGACCAGUACGAGAAAGGAAAUCGGACUUCAUUCCAGUGCGGUAUCCGGUACGAAGCCAAGUUUUGUAGAACGUGAUCCGAUAUAACGAGAAGUUUGUCGUCAGUUUAAUAGUGUUUUAACUCUACAUCAUUAUAUUGUCGACUCUCUUUCGAAGAGUCAUGCAUUGGUCCCUGCUUUGAGUGUCGACAUGUGUCUCCUGAUACUCAAUUGAUGAAUUGGCGAGUGUCCAACAGCUGACCGUUUCAAACAAGCAGCCACCUCGCGACACCACAGUCGUAGCUUCGAGGAGACCAAACUCCGCUUCAUUCCAUGGAAUCCAGCUUACGUCGAUUCGAUUCAAUCGUUCACUAGCCAUUGCAUGUUGUGCGAUCUCCGUCCCCGGAGUAUAGCGAAACAGUGAUGUAUCUAGGUGUGAUCAGUGGGUCCUGGAGCUAGCUAGCGAUGCCGUUGCUUUUCCUGAAUCCAAGGUUCACAAACGAUGACACCAUGUAAUCGCCGUGCUUCGACGAUCUCCUCAGCCUUUGAAACCUUGCUCAAAGGAAUUCUCUCAAGAACUUUUGGUUUUAUUGCACCCUUAUGCAGAAGACCAAUGAGAUGGGCAAGGUCCUUCUUCCCUUGCUUCAUAUCUCGCUCCCACUGUUCGAAAACAUUGUGCUUAUGUGCUCUCUUCAGAAUCUUGAAAACGUCCACUUGACACUGACCCUUUCCAGGGAGAAUGACAGGAUAGUUGUUAGCUGCACCAGGCCCUCCUAAAAGGAUCAACUGUCCUUUCUUUUUCAAA